CCCCGCCGUGCGUCACAUCCGGCCUGGGAGUUACCGCCCACUCGCCCGGGUGCCUGUGCUUCCAGGCUGCGGUUCGGUUCGGAUCCUGCGGAUGGUUGUGGCCGAAGCUUCAUGUAGGACCUGCUGCCUAUUCUGCCGGCCGCGGUGAAUUCCGCCUGCAGUGCUUUAACUUGUGCCGCAGAGACACUGCCCCUGGGAGAGGCGGAAAGGACGGGUUAACUGGAGCGUGGGGACGCGGGUUGGGAUCUGCGUGGGUGCCAGUGCCCUCUGCCCUCCACGGGUGGCGGGGAACCGGGGCAGGUGAACUUCCGCUCCGAGAUGGCGGGGUGAGGGGUGGAAUAUGCUUGGAGCAGCAAAGCUCUGCAGGUGCGCAGGCGAGGAGAGAGGCUGGGAAAAAAAGCGAGGAAGUUUCUUGGAGGCUUGAACCGCGGAUGCGUUCCGCUCGGGAACAGGGCUUCAGUCUAGUACAGAUCCCUGGAGGUCCAGGCUGGGCUUCAUCGUCAGGCCUCCUCACCAGCUCCUGUCCCUUCUUCUGUGUCCUGGACUCCGGAUACCUCGACUCUCAGUACUUUGUGCACAGCCCAGGGCCAGAGCCAUGGCUAUCUCCUCCUCUUCCUGGGAACUGCCGCUGGUGGCUGUGUGCCAGGGAGUGUGGACUCUGGCUGUCCUUGGGUGGUUUCCACGAGCGGGGCCAAGACUGGGAGCAGACUCAGAAAAUCUACAAUUGUCACGUGCUUCUGAACGACAAGGGGUCAGUGGUGGCCACUUACAGGAAGACCCAUCUGUGUGAUAUGGAGAUUCCGGGACAGGGGCCUAUGCAUGAGAGCGACUCUACCAUUCCUGGGCCCAGUCUUGAGUCUCCUGUCAGUACACCAGCAGGCAAGAUUGGUCUAGCUAUCUGCUAUGAUAUGCGGUUUCCGGAACUCUCUCUGGCACUGGCUCAGGCUGGAGCAGAAAUACUUACCUACCCUUCAGCUUUUGGAUCUGUUACAGGCCCAGCCCACUGGGAGGUAUUGCUGCGGGCCCGUGCCAUUGAAACCCAGUGCUACGUGGUGGCAGCAGCACAGUGUGGACGCCACCAUGAGAAGAGAGCAAGCUAUGGCCACAGCAUGGUGGUGGAUCCCUGGGGAACGGUGGUGGCCCGCUGCCCUGAAGGACCAGGCCUCUGCCUUGCCCGAAUCGACCUCCGUUACCUGCGGCAGUUGCGCCAACACCUGCCCGUGUUCCAGCACCGCAGGCCUGACCUCUAUGGCAGUCUGGGCCACCCGCCGUCUUAAGACUUUGACUUCCGGGAGUUGAGACUCCCGUGUGAGCUGGUGUGGCUGUGACUUGAAGGCAGGACCCAGGUGUGGCUCCCCUCACCUGGAGAACCUUGCCUCUCUCCACGGGCCAUAGGCUCGGCUUCUUGGGAAAGAAGAAACUUUCACCUGAGCUCAGAUUUCAGUUUCAGAAAGGUGGACUUUUAUAUAGUCACUGUUUAUUUCAUGAAAACUGUGGUUCUGCUGAGGGCUGAGCAGCACUGGCAUUGAAAAAAAUAGAAUCAUCAUAAAGUC